AUGCAGGGGAUGUUCAGGUUAGAACAGGCCAAGGGGAGAAGCAGCCAAUAUGAGUCUGCUCUGGGGACAGUGAAGGCAAGCCUGUGCCCACAUGCCAAGGUGUACAAAGAGGAAGUUUCCCCACCUUGGGGUUCCCACUCCCUGAAGUACCACAGUCUGACCCUGGAGCCAGAGGGAAUGACUCCUGGGACCCCGAGGCCCCCAUCCCAGGCAGGCUUUCCUGGGCCUCCCCAAGACUCUGAAGGGUCUUUGGACCUUGUGGGCUGGGGUGGUGCUAAAGGAGACCCUCCUCAGCUGGCCGGAGAGGCGCAGGAGACCCAGAGGAAGCAGCUGUGUUUCCCCUCAGACCCUCUCUGGACCCCCUUCCCUAGAAUCCCCAGUUCAGAAGGGAGGUGGAGGGAGGCAGUGUACGGGCCCAGCAGCCGGAUCUCCCUGUUCUGGCAGAGUAGACCUCCUUGUCUGUGGCUCCUGGGGAGCGGGAAGAUCCGAGUGGAACAGAACGUGGGGAAGGUGAGGUCUGCGCCUGCGUCUGCGUCUGUGUCUAUCCACCAUUUCAAAGGACUAUCCGAAAGGGACGAACACGGAAGUGCUGGUGUGGGGCGGGGGCGGCUCUGUCCGGUCCAGGAGCUUUGCCCUCCCCCGGAGGAGAACAUUGCGCCCCCACCCCCUACUCCCUCCCCGGCCCCGGAGUCAGGGGGCGGCUGGGGGAGGGGUGCAGUCACAGGCUGGGGGCGAGGCUGUUUCGGGCCUUUUCCCCACGGGGGACCUUCAGGUCCGAACCUGCCAAGGGGAUGUGAGAUUAAAGGGGAAGAAAUACUCCAAGUGCACACGGAAGAAGUCUCCCCACCUUGGGGCUCCCACCCCCUGAAGCACCACAGUAUGGCCCAAGAAGAAACUCUAGACCCAGAGGGAGUAGCUCCUAGCACCCAGAGGCCCCCUUCCCAGGUGCACAAGGAAGAAGUCUCCCCCACUUGGGACUCCCACCCCCUGAAGGACCACAGUAUGGCCCAAGCAGAGGCUCUAGAGUCAGAGGGAAUGGCUCCCAGCACCCAGAGGCCCCCUUCCCAGGGGUUGAUAACAUUCAAGGAUGUGGCUGUGGACUUCACCCAGGAGGAGUGGUGCCUCUUGGACCAUGCUGAGAAAGAGCUGUUCCUGGAGGUCAUGCAGGAGAAUGUGCAAAAUCUCCUCUUUGUGGAGGCAGAGGUCAAUUUUGAACUGAAGGGGAUAUCUUCAAAGCUGAGCCUUUUUGUGGAAGAAUCUGGCCCCCAAAGAGUUAUAAAUGAAGAUCCAUGUGAUUUCAUUUUGAGAGAAAUCUGUGACUCUAAUAUGAAGGUAAAUAAAAAUCCAGAGAGUGACUGUGAAUUUGAUAAAAUUGCAGAGAAAUUCAGCCAAUAUUCAGUCCUAAAUCAGUAUAUGAAACGGACUUCAGGAAAUGAUCAUUGUCAUGAUAGAGAAUGCAGCAAAUGCUUUCUUGAAGAUGUAGGACUCAUUCAGUUGCAUGAGAAACCUCCUGAAAUACCCAUGGCUCAAGGAAACCUAGUGGGAAGUGGCUUUGGUUGCAGUUUAGCGCUCAUUAGACAUAUAAAAAAUAAACAUGUAGAGAUACUUUCUGUGAGUAAUAAAGUUGGGAGAGCUUUCAGUCAAAAUUCUGAACGUGUUUCAUAUCAAAUUAUCCACUCUGGAGAGAAUUCUUAUGCACGUAAACAAGGUGGAAAAGCUUUUACAGAGAAAAGGUAUCUUUUUGCACAUGAGAGAAUCCACACUGGAGAGAAACCAUAUGCAUGUAAACAGUGUGGGAAGACUUUCACAAGGAGGGGAGAUCUUGGUAAACAUCAGAGAAUCCACACUGCAGAGAAUCCUUAUGAAUGUACACAGUGUCGAAAGGCUUUCACAAAGAGGAGCCAUCUUUCUGCACAUCAGAGAAUCCACACUAGAGAGAAACCUUAUUCAUGUAAACAAUGUGGAAAAGCUUUCUCAGAGAAAACGUAUCUUAUUUCACAUCAGAGAAUCCACACUGAAGAGAAACCUUAUUCAUGUAAACAAUGUGGAAAGGCUUUCACACAGAGGGGCAAUCUUGUUGCACAUCAGAGAAUCCACACUGGGGAGAAACCUUUUGAAUGUAAACAAUGUGGAAAGGCUUUCACACAAAGGGGACAUCUUGCUGCACAUCAGAGAAUCCACACUGGAGAGAAACCUUAUAAAUGUAAACAAUGUGGAAAAGCUUUUACAGAGAGGGGCCAUCUUGUUGCACAUCAGAGAAUCCACACUGGAGAGAAAUCUUAUGAAUGUAAACAGUGUGGAAAGACUUUCACACAGAGGAGUAAUCUUGCUAAGCAUCAAAGCAUUCACACUGGAGAGAAACCUUAUGCAUGUAAACAAUGUGUAAAAACUUUUAUAGAGAGGGGCCAUCUUGCUGCACAUCAGAGAAUCCACACGGGAGAGAAACCUUAUGAAUGUAAACAAUGUGGAAAGGCUUUCACAAAGAGGGGCCAUCUAGCUGUACAUCAGAGAAUCCACACUGCAGAGAAACCUUAUGAAUGUACCCAGUGUGGAAAGGCUUUCACACAGAGGGGCCAUCUUGCUGCACAUCAGAGAAUCCACACUGGAGAGAAACCUUAUGAAUGUAAACAAUGUGGAAAGACCUUCACACAGAGGAGUCAUCUUGCUACUCAUCAAAGCAUCCAUACGGGAGAGAAACCUUAUGAAUGUACACAGUGUGGAAAGGCUUUCACACAGAGGAGCCAUCUAGCUGCACAUCAGAGAAUCCACACUGGAGAGACCUUAUGCAUGUAAGCCAUGUGGGAAAACUUUUACAGAGAGGCGCCAUCUUUUUGCACAUGAGAGAAUCCACACUGGAAAGAAACCUUAUCUGUGUAAACAGUGUGGAAAGGCUUUUAGAGGUACUUCUGAUCUUUGUAAACAUCAGAAAAUCCACACUAGAGAGAAAUGUUACAAGUGUCAACAGUGUGAAAAGGGUUUCACAAAGAGAAGUGAACUUCCUAACCAUCACAGCAUCCACACUGGAGAGAAAGUUUAUGGAUGCAAUCCAUUCAGAUAGCCUUUCACAUCAAGCUCCACAAUUGCUUCAUGGCAGAAAAUACCCACUGGAGAGAAACCUCAGGAGUGAGGCUGAGCUUAUAGUCAUCACCUUUAGAUUAUUUAACAUAAGAAGAUGAACACUAGAGAGAAACUUUAGGGAUAUAAUCAGUAAGGCCUUCAGGCAAUAAUCAUCUGUUAUUCCCAAGUGAGAAUUCCUUUUCAAUAGAAAUCUUAAUUCUGUCAUGAAUGAAGAAAGACAUUAAAAUGGAGAGUCCAGAGCUUGUUCAGUAACAGAAAAUGUCUUCUGAACACAUCACAUCCAAAUGGAUUCCUUCUGGAAAGCUUUCAGGUAGAGAAUCAUCCUUUACUUCAUAUCAGAGAAUUUAUAGUGCAGAAAAAUCUAAUGAAUGUGCUCAAGUUGCAUGUGUUUUGCUCAGGAGGUGGGUAAUUACUAUUAUUUAGAGAAAUGCAAAUGUUAAUAAGUCUGAGGGACCAGGCCAUAUCUAUUAGAUUUUUUUAUUAGAAUAGAAAAGUGACAAAGGUGGAGAUGUGGGAUUAUUGAGAUACUAAUGAACUCUUGGGAUUGUUGUGAACUCAUUCAACCACUCUGGAGCAACAGUUUUGAACUAUGUCCAAAGGGAAUUAGUAAACAAUAAGGUAGGUAAAUGACCUAUAUAUUUAAAAAAAAAAGGACAAAAAGAAAACACUUAAAGCUGCCCUUUUGGGGCUUACAAAAAUUAGAAAGUAAAAGGAACCCAAUAAAUGGGAAAUGUCGGUGGAAAUUGUGUCCCAGGAUUGUAAUAGAGUACAAUUGUUUUAUCAUUAAUGAGAAGGAGGAAGACCUCAGAAAAACCUUGUUAGACUUGAGAACUGAUGUAGACUGAAUUUAUCAGGACCAGAACACUGCACAUUUUAUCUGUAAUAUUGUAUGUAGAACAACUGUGAAUUGAGCUAUUCUCAAUAAUACAAAGAUCCAAAACAAUCCAAAAUGACUCAAUAAAAAAAUUUCAUCUGUUUCCAGAAGAAAAACUGAUAUUGUCGGAAUUCAGAUGAAAGAAAUUUUUUUUCACCAUUUUAAUUUAUUAUUUGUUUUUUUCUAGUUCCACAGAAGGAUCAAUAUGGAUAAAUAUUUUCUAAGAUUGUAUAUGUAAAAUCUAUUUCAGAUUGCUUAAUAUCUCUUGUGUGUUGGGGAGAAAAUCCAGGACUCAAAAUGUUUUUGCAAUGUUGGAUAUUGUCUAUACAUCAUUGUCAUCUAAGAAUAAAAUAUGAAAUGAUGGAGAA